AUUGAAAAUAUUUUGGGAAUGGAAUGGAAUUGAAACCACGCAAAGUCAGCAAAAGGCAAUUUUACGUUCUUAAAAAAAAUUUGGUCACGUAGUAAAUCAAUAUGCUUAUUUUGCUUAAGAUGAGAAUUCAUACAAGCUAAAGCAUACAAGCUAAGGCUAACGUUUGCACAUAGCAUAGCGAAUCAGUUUUCCCCAGUGCAUCAUUAGAGAAUAAAUAUAGGGAAUGCUGCAAAGUUUGUUCUUUGUUUUCUAUCUACAGAUCCAUGUAUCUAUUUGUAAUUUUCAAAAAUUACAACCCUAUCGCAAGGAUGAUAAAUAUAGAUGUCCCCGUUGCUCCUACAGUGCCGAAGAGUUGUACAAGGUGGUGAACCAUAUUGCAAAUGCUGCUAUGAUUCAACAUAAUCGUAUGUGAAACUAAACUUGAUAAACAUAAAUGCUUGUUACAUAAAUAUCAGUUUUCCAGUUAUAUAUAUAUUUAAAGGUUUACUUUUUUGUGAAAUAUACGUUUUUAUACAUCAAUGGUGAAUUUCUGGAAAGCCUUUAAGCUUUUUAGAAACGAUAAGGUGACAGCAGAGGUGGGUAAAGUAUUUUACAAUGAUUUCAUCAGACAUACAAAUUAAAUUAUGUGCAAUGUCUGGUAUUAUAAAGACUAAAAUGAAAAACAUUGAUACAAAUAAAUAACAUAAUUACAUAAUAAAGUAGAAGAUACACACUUCCAAAUGAGUUUCACAAAACUUCUGAAACCAAUUUUUAUAGUAGAUAAUGUAAGUACUUCCACGGACAAUGUGUUUGUUUUAUGCUUACUCUACAAAUAGCCCAACAGGCUGGGCAGAUGUAAUAAAACAUUAAAACAACAAAGCUUGUUUAUGAACAAGAGAUGUCACUUUUAACAUAAACUACAUGUUUGUCUGUGUCUCAUGUAUAUUUGUUUAUUUCAAAUUAAAUGACACGGAAACCAUCAAUGUUUUUUUUAACAAGAAAAAAUACUUUAUUUGCACAGCCAUUGUAUUACAGUAGAGAUGCUAAGGGAAAAGUACUGAGAGAUAUAAGGUGUUAAUUAUUGUUUUAUUGAUUUCACCAUGCAGGCACAAAAAGAUACCACCAAUUUUAAAGGUAAGGUUAAUUCAUAUUUAUAUUGUCAUUCAUUAUCUAUGACAGUCUUACAAUGCAGAUGCUUUUGCACAUACUUGAAGCUGUGUUCCGGGAGGUAGUCUUAACACAGGGAGAUGGAGCUUAUCUCACUUUGGCAUUGACCUGCAAGCAAUUUGAAUCCAUUGUGUAUAAUUCAGUUUUCAGCAAGAAGGCCCACUUUGCUUGGCUGGACGGUAAUGGCCCCUGACUUUUGUUUUCACUUUAAACAUGUGAAAUUAGAUUUCACCUACAUGAAAAAUAUCAUUCAUUAACAGGUGGGUUCAACAGUGUUACAGAGGGAAACCAGGAGGAACCGUGUAUUUAACAGUCAUCCCUGAGCCGGGCCAUGCCAUCCAUAUGGGACAGCCGCAUGUAUUUAUGGGCGGAGACCGGGCGGUUCAAACACCAAGUGCAGCUGCGCAGAAUUCAUUGCAAAUUGCCUGUAAGGCCUCGAACCUCACGGAACCCAUAUACUCGUAACCCACCUCCUUCAGUGAAAGAGGAAGCAGGACGACGUGGUGAAACAGAUCUAAGGGGUUAAAGAGAACUAAGAGGAGAGCGCCCCUUGUGCUUCUCUUCGUCGUUCGGUCGUCAUCCUCCUCCUCCUUCUUAUCCUCCUGCUCCUGCUGCGAUGUUGACAACUGCGACCGCUGUCAAAAUAAGCUUCAAGACCCUAGGAGACAUAAAAGACACCAAAAUCAAGAAGUCCAGGUUGGAAGAAGGUUUUCCUUAUUUAGGUGCUGGGCUGGAAAUUUUGAACAGGUUUGAGAAGAGUUGGUUUCUACUCCAUAAAAGAACUAAAGACUGUGCUCAGGUUGCAGAGUCUGUGGAUGGUGACAUAGUGAUGCUUUCAGCACAUUUGGAGAGGGGAAAAGCCGUUCUGAUAAACCUACAGGAACAACUGCAAAGCCUACCAGAUUUCAUAACUGAACUUGAUGCCAUUACUGCUAACAUAGCUAACUUGGAAGGUGAAUUUGAGGAGAUGGAGAGCAGACUGUUGUAUCUGGAAACUCUGUGCUGUCAGUGUGAACAACAAACUGUAAAAAAUCAGCAUAAAAGCCAACUUGAAGGGUAUAAAAAGAAGAGAAGGAGGGAAGUGGAGAUGCUAGAAGCUGAAUUGAACUCUGAACAUGCUCAGAAAAUGGCAGAGAUGGAGCUUGCUAUGCAGGAGAAACUGAGAGAACGACAGAGGGUCUAUGAAGAAGCCUUCAACCAAGACGUAGAAAAGUAUCUGUCCACUGGAUGCCUACAGGGCAGAGGGUCUGCAGGGGUUGAUGUGGCUAUUCUGGAUCAGAUGACACUUAUUAACUUAUCAGACCAAGAAGCCUUGGAUGACUUUCUUAAUUCCACUGGUGAAGAUACAAGUUCUGGGUCAUCACUGACCUCAGGUCCAGACCUUAAAUCCUCAUCUUUGGAGUCCUUGAAUCAAGUUCCUCCAACAAACAACAGUCAGUCAUCACAAGUUGCAGUGUGGCAGGAGGAGGCAGGGGCCAGUGAAGAUGGUGAGGAACCACGAGUACAAUCAGAUGAGGAGGAUGUACAAGCAGAUAUGUCGCUGAUUGCUGUGCUGAAAAUUGGCAGAACCUUGUGCUCUGAUGAGAGUGACUCUGCUGGGGACAAUCCCUCUGAGUGACACAGCAGUUACACUGAUGGGACAAUCAACUCAAUAAACACUUCUGUUUCUACAGGUUAGAAGGUGUUUUUGUUGUUGUUCCUUUGUUGUUGAAAAUGUUAUGUCACUGUAAGCUUGGAAAGUAGAACAAUCACUUGAGUGGUGAAAGCUAAUAAUCUAGCCAGAUUUACACUGAAUGUUUUAUUACAUUUUAGCAAUUUAAAACAACUAAAAAUGUUUAUAUAUGUUGGAUAUAAUGCUAUGUCAGCACUGUUACAUAUACAAUUUCACAAGAGAAUGUUGUCGAGGUGUAUCAGUCAGUUGUAUCAAUCUGCCAAAUCAAAUGCAAUUCAUCAGCCCUCUCUAGCCUGGCUAAAACAGUAAACCUUUGGAUUUUGCCUGUCAGUUUUGCAGCAGCAUCAAAGAAUCAGGUGGAUUGAAGCAGAAAGGUUCUGACUAGCUUGUUAGCAUCUAUCACACCAAACAUUUAUUUACUUUUUCAACAGGUUCACAAUGGUAUGACAUGUUUCUAGUAUGGGAAAGGAACCUACUAUCAGUUAUAACUUCACAGAACCUCAGUUAAAAAAAUUUCAAACUAAUCCUUUAUUUUGUUAGCAGCACUGUAAUUGGAACUUGUUGCUUUACAGCCAUUUGAAACAUGAAUGUUAUGGCUUAAUAAAAAUAUGUUUUAAAUGCA